AUGGAUCAGCUACUACGCUUUUUCCAAUACGCCCAACAACCUAUUGGGACUGCUUCCAACGACCCUCUUGCGCAGUUGAAGCAUUGGAACAAGCUUGCGGAAGAUUCAUAUUCCAGAUACACCCAGACUCAAUCUCUAGCGGAUUUGGAGAAGAGUAUCAAACUUUAUCAACAAGCAAUUGAGAGUAGCCCUCAGCUUGAUGCCAUUAACCGCAGUGGUCUAUUGAGCAAUCUCUCUCAACGGCUCUGCGAUAGAUAUGACAGAACCAACAUGCUAGCUGACUUGGACCAAGCUAUCCAGACAUUGCGACAAGGUCUUGAUCUCCAUCAUCCUAGUCGUGGGGGCAUGUUAAGCAACCUGGGGAUUUACCUCGCAGCCAGAUACGACCAGACGAGAGAGGCAAAGGACCUGGAAGAGGCUGUUCGAGUUUCACGACAAGGUGUAGCUUGUACCCCAGAAACCUUUCCGGAACGCUCCAAUGUUCUGUUCAAUCUUGGAAAUAGGCUUGGACAAAGAUAUGCCCAGACAGGUCACAGUACGGAUAUAGAAGAAGCCGUCCAGAGUUUUCGAGCUGCCAGCGCAUCCAUCCCAAGUACCCACGCUAAUCAGCCUACAAUAUGGGGGGGUCUUGCACUUCAGCUCGGAGAGAGAUACUCUUCAACGGGAAACGUCGCCGACCUCAAUGAGGCCAUCGCGAUCGCUCGGCAAGCAAUUGAUCACACUCCCAGUAGCGAUGUGGGACGGGUUCCAAGGCUGGGCACCCUUGCAACUCUGCUUUAUCACAACUUCAAACGAACUGGGGGUAUAUCCGACUUGAAUGAAGCUAUCCGAGAUCAAAAGGAAGUCAUUCGUGCUACUCCGAGGUACGACAGUGGCCGGGAUGGGUCAGUAAACAACCUCGCAAAUAUGCUGAUUGCUAGAAACUCACGAUCAGGAGAGCUUUCAGACGUAAUAGAAGCCGUUGAACUUAUGAAAGAGGCUAUUAAGAACACACCCGACAAUCAUGUCAACAAGGCUGCGAUGCUGAAUACUCUUGUGACAGCAUUAGGGACCAAGGCCCGUCACACAGACGAGGAGGUAGAUCGCAACGAAGCCAUUCCUAUGAUACGGCAGGCUCUUCAACUUAUUGGCCAUGAUCAACCCGAGCGGAUCCGAUGUUUGCACAACCUGGCUCUGUUACUUGAAGCCAAAUCUGCUCAGCCAGAGACACAGACAACGGCAGAACUUGGCGAAGCUAUCGAGGUCACACAACAAGCUCUUGAUGCAGCUCCAUCCAAUCAUCCCGACAGGGCCAUAUUGUUGUGUAGUCUCGGCAGUUACGUAGCAGAGAACUACUGUCGGACGAAAGCUCCGGCGAGUCUAGUAAAGGCGAAAGAAUGCUUCAUCUCUGCGUUACAUCACCAAACGUCGUCUAUAAAAAGUCGAAUUAUCGUCGGGCGGCGCUUUUUGUUAUUUGAUGGUAUACUCGAGGACCUGGAACAAGCCUGCGAGGUCGCCAGUUACACUGUCGACCUUAUCCCCCUCUUGAUCUCAAGUUCCCUCCAGCAGGUUGACAAGCAGGCUUUGCUCUCGGAUGCCGUCGCCAUUGCUUCUGAUGCUGCGGCUAUUGCGUUGAUGCACAAUAAACCGGCGUCUCGUGCUGUGGAGCUUCUCGAAGUUGGGCGCAACGUCAUUGCAAGUUCCAUGCACGAUCCACGAAGUGAGCUGUCUACGCUCCAGGAGAAGCACCCUGACCUAGCCAACCGUUAUUCGCAACUUCAACAACAACCAGACAUACCCAAUUCCCAUGAAGACAUAUCGAAUGCCGACAAUCUCAACGGGAGUUUGCCAGAGUCAGACCAAGCUCUUUUGGCUGAUAUUCGGACGCAGCCCGGAUUCGAAAACUUCCUGGUUACCACAUCACCAGCAGAUAUGCAAGCGGUGGCGAGUAAUGGCCCAAUCGCGAUUAUCAACAUUAGCAAGUACCGUUGCGACGCUCUGAUUAUUGAAUUGUCAGGCUUUCAAACAGUACCUUUGCCUGCUAUAUCUUGGGAUACUAUCAUAGACUACAAGCCGGAUACGCUCGAGACUUCGGAGUGGCUCUGGGAUGGCAUUGUCUUACCGACUUUGGACGCCUUAGGAUUUACAAAACAGCCUUCUGAUGGCCAUUGGCCUCAUAUAUGGUGGAUCCCCACGGGCCGUCUUGUUGGGUAUCCGCUUCAUGCCGCUGGUUAUCAUAUGAGGCGAAGCGCUGAGACUGCUCUCGAUAGAGUAAUCUCGUCUUAUAGCUCUUCUGUGAAGACAAUCAUCCACUGUCAUCGACAGCAGGGUUAUGAAUCGCAGGAGGUCGGUAGCAACCGAGGCCUUGCCCUGGUCUCGAUGGAGACCACACCCAAUCAUCCGCGUCUCGAACACGUAGCGAAAGAGGUCCAGGCCGUUCGUGAUCUUGUGGACAGUUCGACCGCACUGUCUCUAACGGAGCCCAUGCCUUUCAAGAAAGAUGUGUUGUCGGCUUUGGCGUCUUGCUCAAUUUUCCAUUUUGCAGGCCACGGUGGGGCGGAUACCAAAAACCCCUUCCAAAGCCUUUUGCUUCUAUCAGACUGGCAGGAUGAUCCCCUCACGGUGGAGUGUGUGUUUGAAACUAACCUCGGGCACAAGAAGCCCAUGCUUGCCUACCUUUCAGCGUGCGGCACUGGUGAAAUCCAGGCUGUGAGUCUCGUAGACGAGUCAAUCCACCUGGCAGCCGCUUUCCAAUUGUCAGGGUUUCAACAUGUGAUUGGGACACUCUGGAGUGUGGAUGACCGGUUGUGCGUUGACAUGGCCAGGAUGACGUAUGAAGGCCUGUUAGAGGGAGGUAUGCGUGAUGAGGCUGUAAGCAGAAGUCUUCAUAGGGCUACACGAGACCUCCGAGACCAGUGGGUUAACAGUGGGAUUGCAAACAACUCAAGUGAUAGGAAGCAAUGGCUACGAAAUUUCUUUUUCUUGAAGGACACAUCUGAGGUUCAGCUAAAUUGGGCACCUUAUGUACAUUAUGGGGUUUGA